UCUCUCGCUCGCCCCGGGCGCCUCGGGCUCCGCUCUUGCGCGCUCCUGCGUUCCGAGUUCUCCCUCCUUCCCCUGCCGCUAACACACCCCCACUCCUCUUCCUCCCUCCCGCGAAACUCCUCCGAGCCACUGUUCAGUCACCUACCGCCUCCCCACGCGCGCGCGCGUGCACACACAUACACACAUAUCCACACGCGCAGGCACACACACACACACACACACACACACACACACACACACACAUAUCAUGGCCUUUGGAGAGCAAGCCCGCGGUUCCGCCCCGGCCGCCCGCGGCUCCUGCCCGUAGUUGUGACCGGAGGGAGCCCAGGCGAUGUGUUUGAAGAAGCUGACGCAGUUGGUGACGCUCACAGCUUCCUGAUGAGGGACCGGGAACAGCCGCACAUUCACAGUGUUGGGUAACAAGCUCCGCUUUUGGCCGCUUCCCCCGCUCGGGAUUGUUCUAGCAACGCGCCCCGGCGGCUAGUUAGGGAGCCGCGGGCCCGUGUCCAGAGCAUCUGUUCCCAGGGAAUGAAUUGAAAUCCCUGGUAGAAGAGAAAUUUAUGAGUGAGGGGAUACCACAAAGAAUGCUGUGAAGGUGGUAGAAGGACCACCAGAAGUCAGAGGACGAGAGCUGCUUCUGUCUUUCAAAGGAGAUGGGAUGGUGAUCUCUCACCACCCUGUCUUCCAUGGACUCUUCUCACACCAGGAUCCAGAUUGCUGAAGCUGGCCAUGGUGAGGCUGGAUUUGACAUAUAGACAGACCUCCAUCAUGAUCUCCAGUUGUCAGGGCAACGGCAGCAUUCUCUGAAAAAAGUUUCUCCCGGCUCCCAAUGCCAGCAGCGCCCGGCUCUCCCGGCAGUUAAGAUAGUGACUUCUCCGCGAGUUGCCGAUCCAGGUGUCCCCCGAUUUCACCGAGCCCCCGGCAGAGCUGGCCGUGGCUGUGUCCGGCUGGCCCCAGCUGCCCGGAGCAGAGGGGUUUCACUUGGUCCAACAGAAACCUUGACCGUUGCCUUUUCAAGCCACCGGUGCAGAAAAAAUUGCUCAUUUGUGAUGGAGAAAAACAAAACCUCGCCCUAAAUUUAGCCGCAGCCACGCUUUAAGCCCGGAGCCAGGCGGCGAGGGCGAGUGGACUGGUGUGGACGGAGACUCCCCCGGGCAUGAAAAAACAAAACCUCCAAACGGAGUUAUGAACAGCAUCCUUAUGAGAGGAUUGAUUCAUUCAGAUGUCUCAGAAAGCCCACCUAUACAGAGAAACACAGCAGCUCCUGUGAUUCGACUUUGAUUUACGUAGGCUAUUUCUUGUGCAAACUACUCAACAGUAUCAGCUGCUCUUCGAAUGGCUACUCAAAGGAAGCACUUGGUUAAAGACUUCAAUCCUCAUAUUACCUGUUACAUCUGUAAAGGGUACCUUAUCAAGCCAACUACCGUGACAGAGUGUCUCCACACCUUUUGUAAGACUUGCAUAGUCCAACACUUUGAAGAUAGUAAUGAUUGCCCAAAGUGUGGCAAUCAGGUUCAUGAGACAAAUCCAUUAGAAAUGUUACGACUGGACAAUACAUUAGAGGAAAUCAUAUUUAAGCUGGUUCCUGGACUACGAGAACAGGAACUUGAGCGUGAGACAGAAUUUUGGAAGAAAAACAAGCCUCAAGAAAAUGGACAAGACGAAACUUCAAAAGCUGAAAAACCCAAAGUAGAAGAAGGUGAUGAAAAUCAAGAUGAUAAGGACUAUCAUAGAAGUGACCCACAAAUUGCCAUCUGCCUCGAUUGCUUACGUAAUAAUGGGCAAUCAGGGGACAAUGUGGUAAAGGGUUUAAUGAAGAAAUUUAUCCGAUGUUCUACACGUGUGACUGUGGGAACUAUUAAAAAAUUUCUAAGUUUAAAGCUAAAGCUUCCAAGUUCUUAUGAGCUGGAUGUACUAUGCAAUGGUGAAAUUAUGGGGAAGGACCACACUAUGGAAUUCAUCUAUAUGACAAGAUGGCGACUAAGAGGCGAAAAUUUUCGGUGUCUGAACUGCUCAGCUUCGCAAGUCCGCUCACAGGAUGGCCCUUUUUAUCAGUCUUACCCCAUGGUAUUGCAGUAUCGACCAAGAAUUGAUUUUGGUUAAACCAAAGGGCAUAAAUCCCACCGAGAGGAAUCCUGCACUAUUUGUUUACCCAUCGACAGAUUGCACAAUGAAUGGAUGUGUCGGACUAGGGGACACAACUAGAAUUUCAGCAUGCAAAUAAGAACGUUGUCUUUCUUUAAAUUGUCAACUGCAUCUUUGUCAUUUCUAUUGAGAACAAACCAAGUGCCAUUCUGCUACUGAAAUCUCUGCAUAAGAUACCUGUACUGUCCAGCCAUUGCAUUGUAAGUCAUAGCUGAAACCAGUCCAGUGUAUCACCAAGAUUCUAUCUGCUGACUAUUUUGCUCGCCUGUUCCAAGACUGUACUAAUACCAACGUUGAUUACACUAGGAAAUGGCAGUGCUCAGUCUUUGUGGUGUUGCAGUUUUCACAUAUUUGCUACUUUAUUGAUUAUUGUUUAAAAUAAUAGUACUGUAUGAGAACUUAAUGAUUAUAUCUUGGAAUUAUUUUGUAUAGAAAAUAUACUUAGAAAAGUGGUUACAUGCCGCUGUCCUGUUCUUGUUAAAAAGUCCCAUGUGUAAAAGUAGAGUUUCCUCAUGUACAAGAGUCCUUUUUUCGGUGAAUAUUAAUUAUUUUUCAGAUAACAUUAAAACACAGCAUAAUUAUAGUAAUUUUUAGUUGUUUAAAUAGAAUCUACCAGUAGCUCUGGAAAGCCUUUUUUGGUUUCCUGGGUGUAAUUUUGUGUAACAUAUAUAAAAACUAAAGUGAGAUUCAUAAGUAUUCAGGACAUUGGCAGCUGAUCACAUUUACAACGUCAGUGUGUAAGUGAAGUUAUUACUCCCUCCAUAAUGCCUUAUGGACAAGCAGGAGCUGUGAUGUGAAGCUACAUUGUAUUUCCCAUUUUAUAUAUGUCUCCCUAUUUGAUUUUAUUCAAGUUAUAGUACAUUCUGAAAA